AUGGACGAUAAAUAUAUAGGACUCGCCUUGGCGAUGUCCUCCUCGCUAGCAAUAGGUACAUCAUUCAUUAUUACAAAGAAGGGGCUUAUGGACGCGUCAGCACGUAGCAGACUGGCAAAUAGCGGCACUGGUACCGUACAGGCCACUGACUAUUUACAGAAUCCAAUAUGGUGGGGUGGUAUGAUCACUAUGGCGAUUGGAGAGAUUGCCAACUUUGCCGCAUACACUUUUGCCCCGGCUAUCUUGGUUACUCCAUUGGGGGCAUUGUCAGUCAUUAUAGGGGCCGUGUUGGCGGCAAUAUUCUUGAAGGAAGAAUUGGGAACAUUGGGAAAGAUGGGAUGUGCCAUCUGUUUGAUGGGCUCAGUUAUAAUUAUCUUGCACGCACCACCGGAUAAGGAGGUUCAAACGGUGGAUGAAAUUUUGGGCUAUGCUACGCAACCCGGGUUUCUAUUCUAUUGUUGUGCUGUGGGGCUCUACUCUUUGUUCAUGAUCUACAAGAUAGUGCCCAAGUAUGGAAACACCAAUCCAAUGAUUUACUUGUCUAUAUGUUCCUCCGUGGGAUCCAUAUCUGUGAUGUCCAUCAAGGCAUUUGGAAUUGCGUUGAAAUUGACUUUAGGCGGUAACAACCAGUUCACCCAUGUAUCCACCUAUUUGUUCUUGAUUGUGGUUGCAUUGUGUAUCAUCACACAAAUGAAUUAUUUCAACAAAGCGUUGGAUCAAUUCGACACAUCUAUUGUCAACCCCUUGUAUUACGUUACAUUCACCACUUUUACUUUGGCUGCCUCAUUCAUUUUGUUUAGAGGGUUCAACACAUCAUCUGCUGUCGACAUCAUCUCCUUGUUGAUUGGGUUCCUUAUCAUUUUCAGUGGGGUGUAUUUGCUCAAUAUUGCAAGGAAAGACGACGGUGGACACAAUCGUGAAAUAUUUGGUGUUCAUAGCUCAAAAGACAUGGCGCCAUUGGACAAUGGCGUGGGUGGGUUUUCAACUGUUCGCAGAUCGAUGCAAGUAAAUAGGUCUAUGGAUUAUGAUGAAGAGGAGAGGGUGGCACUAAGAAGAAUAGACAGCUUCGAAAUUGAGAGCGAUGGAGAUGAUACAAGAACUCAUAGACAUUAA